UCAUGGCGGCGUCUGUGGCGGGCUCUGGGCCUGGUGCCGGUGCGGUGUCGCGCGGGGCCGGUGGAGGCGGCCCGGGGAGCAGCUCGCGCUGGUUCUUCAGCCGGGAGCAGCUGGAGAACACGCCGUCGCGUCGCUGCGGCGUCGAGGCCGACAAGGAGCUCUCGUUCCGGCAGCAGGCGGCCAACCUGAUCCAGGACAUGGGCCAGCGCCUCAACGUAUCUCAACUUACAAUAAAUACUGCAAUAGUUUACAUGCACAGGUUUUAUAUGCAUCAUUCCUUCACAAAAUUUAAUAGAAACAUUAUAUCUCCUACUGCAUUAUUUUUGGCUGCAAAAGUGGAAGAACAGCCGCGAAAACUCGAACAUGUUAUCAAAGUAGCGCAUGCUUGCCUUCAUCAUCAAGAGCCACUUCUGGAUACCAGGAGUGAUGCAUACCUUCAACAGGCCCAAGAGCUGGUUAUACUUGAAACAAUAAUGCUUCAAACUUUAGGUUUUGAGAUUACCAUUGAGCAUCCACACACAGAUGUUGUGAAAUGUACGCAGUUAGUGAGAGCAAGCAAGGAUUUGUCACAGACAUCCUAUUUCAUGGCUACCAACAGGUUGUUAUCCUGAACCUCUUUGUUGCACUGUUGUAGCACACUAUAGCUUCCUUUACUGCAGGGCCCCCUAUCUGUGUCUAACCCUUGUUGCAACAGGUGACUGGGCCAUCUACUGUGGUGGUACCUUCCUGUUUGCAGUGCGGUGUAUUGUACAAGGGCCUAAUGGCACAAAGGGGUUUAAUGCACAAUGUGAAGUGUAGUGGUGCUUUCUGGUGACAUAUUCUCGAUUGUGAGUGCAUAAGUCUAAAAUUGGUAGCCUGAAUAGCAGCUAAAGAUUACAGAGAGAUAAACUUAACCUAGAAAUCCGAGCAUCUUGGUAAGUACAAAGUUGUUUCUAGUUUAUCCUUGUAGUUAAUGGCAAUUUUUUAAAAAAAAUUAAAACCUUGGCAUAGUAAAAAAAAAAAAGAAUAAAAAGCAUUAAAACAAUUUACGUUAAUACAUCAGAACUAGGCCAUGAGACUCCUAUGACUCUAGAAUCAGUCCAGUUAAACAUAAAAGCUACUGUCUUCUAAUACAUUUAUUGGUCAGGUAUGAUCCUUGGGGUAUCAGGAUAUAUUUUAUGUCAAAUUAACAGGCCUUCCUGAAAGGACGUAUUAAAGCUUGAAAGAGGAGUAGAAAAAACACAGGACUUCUUGCCAGUGACAAACACAACAGAUAUUUAUAGUGAUUCAUUGGUAUUGUAGAGAAAAUUAGGGUGGGGAAUAGGAAUUGGUCUGAUCGGUAGACCAGCCUUCAGGGAAAAGUGAAACACAAAGCCAAAGUGAGAUCAGGGAACAAAGAAUGGGCAACUGCAUAUGAGUCUGUGUAAAGCAGACAUGGAAUGAGAUUGGUGGGAGUUGUCCAAGAUGGGAGAGACUUAGAAGUAAGUUUGAGAGCUAAACUUGAUCCAGAUAGUGAUAAAGGAGAACUUAUUUUGUGGAGGAGAUUAGGAUUUUAAAGGGGAAAGAUAAGAAUUAUCUUCUAGCAUAGACAUUAAAGUAACUGGAUGCAAGGAAAAGGCUGAGCCAAAAUCAACAAUAAUUUAAAUAGCACAACUAAAAGCAUAGUUGAGGGGUGCUUAAGAAGAUGGAGGAGGGAAAGAGAGGUCUGGGAGGUACUUGGUGACAUUAUGUGAAGGUCUGGAUGGCAAGAGAUUAAGGAAUCGAAGGUGUCAAAACGAAUUUGGAGGCUGAGUGUCUGGGAAAACAGUCUUGUGUCCCCCACAGCAGGCUUGUUGGAGCCCAAGUACUAGCCAUACAUGAGUAUCAAAAGAUUCAUACAUCACUAGUGUAAAGUUCUCUACUGGAUUUUAAGAGGAUCACUGAUCAUGGUGUGGAGAAAAUGGAAAAAUACAGAUAAUUUUAAAUUAAUAUUUAGUGUAAAUACACUUAAUCAGACCUUAAUUUAUGUAAGAAAUGAUUUUUGGGGUAUGUGUAGAGCUGCUGCUGUAGCAUUGAUCUUUCAAAUAAGUCACUCAGCUUUGAAAGCAGUGCUAGAACAUUAACAUAGCACAUCUGUGUUGCUUCCAGACAGAAACUCUUACCUGAUGUUAACUAACAUGAACUGUGUUGCAGGUUGGACUUGCAGAGGUGAAACUUGGUUUCUCGCUCAUUAUCUCACUACUGUUCCAAAUGAAAUAUGUAUAAGAGUGUAAUGUUUAUAAUUUUAUUAUGCCAGAUAGCUUAUCAAUAUGUUAGUAUUUUACUUUCUAUAUUAGUUAAGUGCUCAUACUAGAGGAGGUACAGAAUACCAUAGCUCAUCCCUUUGUUCAUCAAGAGCCAGUUUAAAUUUUCAAAAUAUACUUGACUGUUCUCAGCAUAAUAAAGUCAUAAACUUCAAAAUAGUUAUCAUUUGUCACCUUCAAGUGACAAGAGUGUAAUAAUAAUGUGCUUUGUUGUUUUUUGUUCUUUUCCAUGUUUGACUUUUGUUCUUCCAUUAUGAAACACUUCCUACCAAAGUCUUCAUCUUACUACGUUUUGUCUUCAAUACAAACCAACUGUGAUAGCAUGUGUAUGUAUACAUUUGGCGUGCAAGUGG